UCCGCUCCUCUGCUCUCUUCGACUUUGCGUUCUCUCCUGCACCAACGGAGCCUUGGAGUAAAAACUGCCAACCCCUCAAUCUGAUUCAUUUCCUGUAGUCAGACUCUUUCCCUAAAGUGGAUAGAGGGGGGACACGGGAGAAAGGAAGAAAUCUUUCUGUUCUAAAUAAGGCUCUCUGGAGCAGCAAGCAGCUCCUGCACUCUGCAAAGAUUCAGAUCUUAUCCACUUUCUUUUAGUGGCAGUCACAACAUCGCUUACAGAGAAAUAGCAUUUUGCGUUCAAAACGACCCUGUGAGCCAGUUACCCGAACCCUGCACGCAUAGUACGGAUGCUACAAGUUCAGACGCCCAUCGCCGAGUCUUCUCCUGAAUCCACGCACCGAGUUUGGAGACACUGUACGCUGUGAGACUGCAGGGGUUCAUGUACUGGAAAAAUGAAGUUUUGUCCCCUCUUUCAGAGGGAAAUAAGAUUCUAUCCGAAGGAAUUCCCACGAAACAGGUGAUCUGUACGGAGCAUCAGGGCACACCGGGAGGCUCGCGCUGCAGUGUGGACUCGAAACACACGCCAAUGUCUCAUUCGGACGGAGAAUCGCAGCGGUCCAACAUGGAGCGGGAGGACACACGCUCGUCUCCCAGCACCCCGUCCACCCCCUCCGUGUGCUCGCCCAUCUCCACCACCAGCUCGGUGCCCUCCACCGGGAAGAACGUGUGCGCCAGCUGUGGGCAGGAGAUCCUGGACAGAUACCUGCUGAAGGUGAACAACCUGAUCUGGCACGUGCGCUGUCUGGAGUGUUCCGUCUGCAGGACGUCACUACGUCAGCACAGCAGCUGCUACAUCAAAAACAAAGAGAUCUUCUGUAAAAUGGAUUAUUUCAGUAGGUUUGGUACUAAGUGUGCCCGCUGCGGACGCCAGAUAUACGCCAGUGACUGGGUGCGGCGUGCCAGAGGAAACGCAUACCACUUGGCAUGUUUUGCCUGCUUCUCUUGUAAGAGGCAGUUGUCGACGGGAGAGGAGUUUGGCUUGGUGGAGGAGAAGGUUCUGUGUAGGAUCCACUAUGACACCAUGGUGGAGAACCUAAAACGAGCGGCUGAGAGUGGUAAUGGUAUCACAUUAGAAGGAGCCGUUCCGACAGAACAAGACAGUCAACCCAAACCAGCCAAAAGAGCACGGACGUCCUUCACUGCAGAACAGCUACAGAUCAUGCAGGCUCAGUUUGCCCAGGACAACAAUCCAGAUGCCCAGACGUUACAGAAGCUAGCCGACAUGACAGGCCUCAGCAGGAGAGUUAUACAGGUGUGGUUUCAAAACUGCAGAGCAAGACACAAAAAGCACACCCCCCAGCACGGUGGGGCUCCCCAAGGUCAUCCCCAGUCCAGGAUCCCCUCGUCCCUGCCUGAUGAGCUACAUUACUCCCCCUUCGGCAGCCCUGAGCGGGCGCGCAUGGUGGCCUUGCAUGGUUACAUCGACAGUCAUCCUUUUUCUGUGCUGACCUCUCAGGGUCUCUCUCACCAGGCCAUGUCACUGCCUCAGCUCCCCCUCAGCCGCUAGCGUUCCACCACUUUGGCCCCUUUGACCCCCAAACCUCUGGAUCUUGGAUCUGCCCUGGAGGUCACGCAGAAGUCAGCUUGGAGAAAAGAAACAUCUUUUGGUAGCCCUGACUAUUUGGAAACCGCAAAAAUAAUUGGAAGGCAGAGGAAGAAACCAAGAUUUAUCCGUCCUUGUUUUUUUUUUUUGUCACUUGGGGACAGGAAUAUCCCUCCUGAAGUCAAAAACGAGAAAGGAGCUUUCAUAAGCAGAAACUCACUGACUGAAUUUUACAACACCUUGAGGACCUGUUUUGCUACACAUGAUGUACAGCAUCCUCCACUCCACCGCACAUCCUCCAACUUAAAGGUGGAAGGAGUUUUAAAGGACUGAUAGCUGUCAGCUGUCAUAGAGGGGAAUAUGAAAGGGGACUGUUAUUGUGCCAGGCACACAGUAGACCACAUUAGAGGUAAGACUCCGCCCUCUUGUCUCUCUAAGCAACCAUGAAGGAAACCUACAUGUAAAAGAAAUAUGUUGACUGUUGAAAUAUUUUCAUUAGGAAUGACAUUGUCACGUCUCAAAAAAUUCCAGAUACAAAUUUUCAAGACAAAUAACCAGAACAUUUGAUUUUUGCAAAGUAAUGAAAAUAAUGUGUGCCUUAUCUUUUCCAUUGUUAUUAUUUAACACAAAUGACUUGGACUUUAAAUCUGCUAUUGUAAGAAAAUCUGAUUUUAUGUCUACAAAUGGCAUCUGGUUUGAAAUGAAGGAAAGGCACAAUGCCAGGGCAUUUAUAUCAAGGCUGUAACAUUAGAGGCAGUUGCUAAUACAUUUUAAACUACAAUCCAGCUACAUUUCUUUAAACCGCCAGAGAAACAGAGGGAAGUUUGAGAUAAGCGCACUUGUUGUUUCCUAUAAAAUUGAAAUGUUACAAGUUACAUAUUUUCAUAUUUCCAAAUAAUUGUAUUAUCACUAAUUUAUAAUUUCUACAGUUGCUUGUUCAGCCUCGGCGUGUGUGCACGAGUGUCUCACACACGAGGAGGAUAUUGAGUGUUGGUGUAUUGGUACAAUAUAAAACAGACUGGGUUUGUAUGUGUGUGUGUAUGUGUGUGUGUGUUUCAGUGUGCUUGUGUGAGUGUGUGUCCUGGGAGGGGUCGAGAGUGUGCAUCUGUAUUUUUGUGCCAUGGCCAUUGUGUGAAGAGCAGGAUCCAACAAGACCUCAAUGUUCAUGUAUUUAUUGAGAUGGUAAAUCCCUGUAAAGCACUUU